CACGUGGUUGUAACGUGAGGACGUUGAUGCAUGCUCUCUCCCUCUCUUUCUCUGCAUUUUCUCAGCAGAAACAAGCGGCCUUCGAUUGUCUUUCGAAGUAAACGCAGUUGGAAUUGCUCAAUAUGAGGAGGAAAUCGGGUUCUAGCGAAUGAUGGAGCGUUGAAAUGUUGUAAUUUUGAUGUUACGAUGAGGAUAUUGGGGUUUUAGCGAACGAUGGCGCGAGCGGUGACGGUGAUCUCGGGCUCGACUUUCGUCUGCUCAGUUUUUCUUUUUCAAUUGAUUCUUUUGAGAGUCGCUGCUAAUACUGAAGGCGAUGCAUUGAAUGCAUUAAAAACCAAUUUGGUUGAUCCUAACAACGUUUUACAGAGUUGGGAUCCUACCCUUGUUAAUCCCUGCACUUGGUUUCAUGUCACAUGCAACAGUGAAAAGAGUGUCACACGAGUUGAUCUUGGAAAUGCAAAUCUAUCUGGGAAAUUGGUUCCGCAGCUUGGUCAGCUUCCUAAUUUGCAGUACUUGGAGCUUUAUAGCAAUAACAUAAGUGGAAGAAUUCCAGAUGAGCUUGGGAAUUUGACAAACUUGGUGAGCUUGGAUCUUUACUUGAACGGGUUAACGGGUACAAUUACACCGACCUUGGGCAAGCUUUCGAAACUUCGUUUCCUGCGUCUUAACAAUAACAGCUUAACUGGAACUAUUCCUAUGUCAUUGACUGCUGUUAGGUCGCUGCAAGUCCUAGAUCUUUCAAAUAACAAUCUGACUGGGGAUAUCACAGUCAAUGGCUCAUUUUCACUAUUUUUUCCCAUCAGUGUUCAAAAUAAUCAACUUAACACUCCUCCUGUUUCUCCCCCUAAUCAGAUUGUUCCAAAUCCCCCAGCUCCAUCUAUCGGUAACAUUGGAGUCGCUGCUGGUGCUGCUCUAGUAUUUGCUGCUCCUGCAAUUGCACUUGCAGUAAGGCGGUGGAGAAAACCACGAGAUCUGUUCUUUGAUGUACCCGCUGAAGAAGAUCCAGAAGUCCAUUUAGGACUGCUCAAAUGGUUUUCUCUGCGUGAACUACAAGUUGCCACUGAUGCUUUUAGCAAUAAAAAUAUUCUUGGUAGGGGUGGAGUUAACGUUUAUAAAGGAAAGUUAGCUGAUGGUUCUCUAGUGGCAGUAAAGAGAUUGAAAGGGGAGCAUAAUCGGGGUUUGGAGCUGCAGUUCCAAACUGAAGUGGAAAUGAUGAGCAAGAUUAUGCAUCGGAAUCUGCUUCGUCUCCAUGGCGUUUGCAUGACUCCAACGGAACUAUUACUUGUCUAUCCCUAUAUGUCAAAUGGAAGUGUAGCAUCGUGUUUACGAGAGCGCCCAGAGUCGCAAGCUCCGCUUGCUUGGCCAGUACGGAAGCGGAUUGCAUUUGGAGCUGCAAGAGGGCUUGCUUACUUGCAUGAUGAAUGUAACCCCAAGAUUAUUCACCGUGAUGUAAAAGCUGCAAAGAUACUAUUGAAUGAGGAUUUUGAACCCGUUGUUGAAGACUUUGGAUUGGCAAAACUCAUGGACUACAGAGAUACUCAUGUUACAACUGCUGUAUGUGGCACAAUGGGGCAUGUCGCCCCAGAGUACUUCUCAACUGGAAAGUCUUCAGAGAAGACUGAUGUUUUCGGGUAUGGUGCCAUGCUUCUCGAACUGAUCACUGGACUGAGGGCUGUUGAUCUUAUACAGCAGGCAAAUGACGAUGAUGUAAUGCUACUCGAUUGGGUGAAAGGUUUUUUAAAAGAUAAGAAAUUGGAGACACUGGUUGAUGCGGAUCUGCAGUCCAAUUAUAAUGAUGAAGAAGUGGAACAGCUGAUCCAGGUGACUCUUCUGUGCACGCAAAGCUCCCCAAUGAAACGACCUAAUAUGUCAGAGGUAGUAAGAAUGCUUGAAGGUGAUGGUUUGGCUGAGAAAUGGGAAGAAUGGCAGAAAGAGGAAGUGUUCAGUGAAGAGUUUACUUAUCCCCACCACACAAAUGCAAAUUGGAGCAUGGAUUCCGAAUCGUACAUGCCUCGGGAGGAACUGUCUGGUCCUAGAUGGUCCUUUUCUAUCACCUUGUAAAAGUCUUCCGAGGCCCCGUUUUGCAUUUGAAACUGGUUCCUACACGUCUGUGCAUAUUAGUCAAUUCUUUUUCCCCGUUUGGUAUUUGAUCAGGUGCCAGUCGUCAUCCGCUGCGGUGUGCAUGGCAGAUUGGCAGCUGCAACACUUGCAGCUGAUGAUUGCACAAGAUUACUUGACACUAGUGCUAGUACUAACAUCAAAGCCUUUCUGACUCGGCCUGGCCCGGUCACCCUACUCGACUGGCGAUUCAAAAGGCGAAACUCUCGUCGUGGUUUGGCGACCUACGGGGCGGACACUUUUUGUUAUUGUAAUCUAAAGGCGAAGACUCUGAAUUGGGCGACCACUCGGCCCAGCGGGCGAAGGCUUGUUCAUGAUUCACAUCACUGGCUUUAGUACUACUACUACCAGGUAUACUUUGACUAAUAACAAUAAGAUCAGACCACCAGUGUUUGUGCCCAGGCUGAGCUGUGUGCCCAAAGCAGCUAAAGUUAGGCCUUUGGACAUGUCGGCCUAGCACACCUCAAAGCCGGCGUCACUUGUGUGACUUUUGGAUAUUUAGAUUUACCAAAAAAAAAUUGUUGGACAUUUAAGCAUCUAUAGAAUGACUAAUUAUUUUUUUACCUUAAA